GAAGGCUGGUCAGCUGACAUUUCGUUGAGCGUUGUGUGUGGAACAGGGUUGCGAACAGCGUUGAAAACUGGGGAGCAGAAGACUAGUAGCUAGCUACAACAAUAGUAAGAAAUUGAUGUUUUGGUGACAGUAUUCGCUGUUCAAUACCAGCAUUGUUUCCAAAAUAUGGGUUUUCCGGUAGCUAGUUAGCUAGUAAAGCAAACGUUACGGAUGAUUCAGUGACAUCCACCUCACUCAGUCUUAGCGAGCUACUGUAGCUUGCUAGCUUUAACUUGCUAUGGUUUAAGAUUAUCUAGCUUUCUGUCAAUAGACGUCACAUAGCUAAAUAACCUGAGUGUCAGUCGAAUAAGAACAUUAGCUAGCCAUUUUGUACUCAUUGUUGUUUUUGCUGAACAGCGUUAGCCAGCGUACGUUACCAGAAAGUUUGCCCAGGUCCAAUAAGUGCUUCGCCUGCGCCAUGGCUAACUAGUUAGCUAGCUUGCUAGUAAUGUUAGUUAGCUCAGUUAGCCAGCGGUACAAUUAAUUGUCCGCGCAUAUCGGCUUUGCGUCGUCGAUAUACGCUGACAAUUAAUUCUACCGUUGGCUAGCGAAUUUUAGAGGGAACUGCUUUGUUAUUGUGUAGCUAGUUAACGAGUAGUGUUUUUAGUGUGUUUUGACAGCUGAUCAGACUCACUGCCUGGCUCGAGCUGUCAAAAAAUGUUCAUGCAGAUAUGCUAAAUAAGCAGUGAUCCUACUCUAGAGCUCCUCUUGCAUGGACUUUAACGAAAUAGUUUGCUAAAUGUAUCCCCACUAGUUGAUCAACCGUUGUAGUUAUAGUGUUUUAAUAUUGAAGAUUUAGUCCUGCUUGACUGGUACAGCAGGUCAUAUGAUGCGGCUUAAUCCAUAGCUCGCUAACUAAACCUGUUAUGGCACUCGAGGCAUUUGCACUUCAAGAACAUCUGAAUAUGUGUGUUUAACUUACUUCUAAUUAAUAUUGUGUGAAAACCUGUUGUCUGUCCUGAGUCAGUUUGCACCCUAGACUGAGAAACUCAAAACCUUGGCUUGGCUAGAAAAUCUGUCAUUGAUUGUACAAGAUGAAACUCAAUGAGGAUCUACUGUCACAUAUGAUGGUACUUUUAGAGGUAUUAUAGUGGCUACCCAGUUUCAUGACAAAAUAAUGACUAAUGAGCCAAUCUGAAUUCCUGCAAUGAUUAUGGGGGCUAGAUGUCAGAUUUUUUCGGUCACAUCCUGCUCCUUGCUCAAGUGUAAACUAUCACACCAUUAAUACAGACUGUUCAUUACUGCUGUACAAUUAGGGUCAUCCUUACAACACACAGAUUAGAAGAGGGUGCAGGUCUAUGCUAAUCUUUUUCUCUGAAAUUACACUUCAAGUCAAAAAGUUAAGGCUAUUGUUGUGUUAAAGGAAACAACACAAGGGAACUCUGUUGGCAAUGUAGGCCUAUGUAUACUCAGUUGGCUGUCUUUUUGAAAACAUUGGAGGCUCAUCCCUUCUGGUAGAACUCAGCUUCUCCUGUUUACUGUGUAGGUGAUGUUUUCAAUAUCUUUGUCCCUAGCUAGAUAUCCAGGAGGAUCGCUGUGCUGAGCAGGUGCACCCCACUACGCCACCAUGGGGGAACUAUUCAGAAGUGAGGAGAUGACCCUGGCCCAGCUCUACCUCCAAUCAGAGUCUGCCUACUGCUGCGUCAGCGAAUUGGGAGAGAUCGGAAUGGUGCAAUUCCGUGAUGUGAGUCGUCCAGGCUUCUCUUCUUCCCUUCCUCAUUGUGAUGCUCUCUGGAGCUAGACUCAAUGAUUAUUAACACUUAUUUUCUUAUUUUGAGGGCUAUUCUGUCUGUCAAUGGGUGGCAUCUCAUUCCUUCCAUUUGCAGGCUAUAUAGGUCUAGAACAGUGUAAUGUAUGGCUGUUAACAAAGGACAUACUCAGGAAGGAGGUAGAUGAAUAUGGUAGUCUGUUGUAGUAACAUCAGUCAGAUGGUUGUGAAAGCACAUACCUUUGCGUCUGCAACAUUUUUAUCAUGUGCACAUAGUUGACACUUCAGGCUGAGCAUGGGAAAGAAGGGAUCAUAUGGGGUGGGGGAAACAAACAAAGGCAGUAUUUCCCAUAUAUUCAUUUAGCAGCUGCGGGCCGCCGCUGCUAAAUUGUUGCCGCCACUCAAAAAAUGUAUUAUUAUAAUACAUUUUUGGGAUGGUGAAACGUCUUCAGUUUAAACAUAAAUGACUAAAACCAGAAAAAGUAUGUAGAAAAUAUAAUGGACCUAUACAUUUUUUUUUUAUAAGAUCAUAUUUGAGAACUAACAAUCACCAAAAUAAAAAAUAGACAGGGAGAAUUUCCAAUAAAUAAAACCAAAUGUCAUGGCGUGGAAUUGCAGGAAAAUUAACUUUAAAUUGGCCACCUGUUGUUCCAGAAGAAACCCUGGAGUGACAAGUUAUGAUGUACACAGUGUACAAAACAUUAGGAACACCUUCCUAAUAUUGAGUUGCACCCCCUUUUGCCCUCUGAACAGCCUCAAUUCGUCGGGGCAUGGACUCUACAAGUUGUCAAAAGCAUUCCACAUGGAUGCUGGGCAAUGUUGACUCCAAUGCUUCCCACAGUUGUGUCAAGUUGGCUGGAUGUCCUUUGGGUGGUGGACCAUUCUUGAUACACACGGGAAAUUGUUGAGCGUGAAACUCCACAGCUUUGCAGUUCUUGACACUCAAACCGGUGUGGCUGGCACCUACUACCAUACCCCGUUCAAAGGCACUUAAAUAUUUUGUCUUGCCCAUUCAACGUGUGAAUUGCACACAUACAGUCCAUAUUCCAUUGUCUCAAGGCUUAAAAAUCCUUCUUUAGCCUGUCUCCUCCACUUCAUCUACACUGAUUUGAAGUGGAUUUAACAGGUGGCAUCAAUAAGGGAUCAUAGCAUUCACCUGGUCAGUGUAUGUCAUGGAAAGAGCAGGUGUUCCUCAUUUUUUGUACACUCAGUGUAUAUUUGUAGCAUUUGACUCAUUGAGUCUUUGGGGGUUUUCAAUGAGGUAAAUACAGAUGGGCAAUGCCAUGCUUCAGCCUAUUUAUUUGAAGCUGCUAUGCUGCAUCAGUUAGUCUAUAAUGCUUUUAAAGGGAAUUUUUAUUUCAGAUGGUGUCAACAUAAUUUAACUUUCAUGCAUUUUGGAGUAGAAUGUCCUUUUUAAAAAGUCACCAGAAGUGACCUUCUCACAGUCGUUCUCCCCAAAAAAUACUCACGGGGGUGCAUGCCCCCACACUACCCCAGCAUAAGGACAACCUCCUUACCCCCCACACUAACUUUGCCACACUUUCUGAAAAAAAUCCUAGGGAAAACACUGGAAGGGACUAGCUGUUGUACCCAGUAUGUGUUAUUAUACCCUUUAUUUGGUUGUACUACCUCUCCUCAUUCAUAAGACCAUAUGAUAUCUAACUGGUGUCAGCAUUGCUUUCAGAAGAUAUGCUGUUUUCACACUGAGGUUUCCUGGAUGAGUUAUUGCAGUUUCACAAAUAUUUUUAUAGAAGUAGCCUAAGCUACAAUUUCUUUGAAUACAUCUUAGUGUUACAACGCAAUGUUUGUCUCUAAUUGACAGAAAAUGGCAAAUGGAUUGAAGUCAUUUUUAUCCCUGCGAUGGCAAAGGUUUUGAAUAGUUGAUAUGUUUGCAUUACAGUUGAACCCAGACGUAAACGUGUUCCAGCGCAAGUUUGUCAAUGAAGUGCGUCGAUGUGAGGAGAUGGACCGCAAACUGCGUGAGUGAGCUCAAGUGUUUAACCCAUUGCUUCACGCAUUAUACUCCCCCAUAUUUACAACAGUAUCACUGCCUUUAGUUACCCCUAAUCAGACCCAGUCAUCUCGCUCUCUCACAGGGUUUGUGGAGAAGGAGAUCAAGAAAGCCAACAUUCCAAUGGUGGACACAGGAGAGAACCCAGAGGUCCCCCUCCCUAGGGACAUGAUUGACCUGGAGGUAAAUUCUCCCCGUUCUCUCACUCGUGUCUAAGAAUCCACUCCAGUUACAAAGUGCUCAACUCACCAUGUCCCCAGCUCACUAACUCCCCCAUCACCCUCUGUCUCUAUAGGCCACUUUUGAGAAGCUGGAGAAUGAACUGAAAGAGAUCAACACCAACCAAGAGGCCCUGAAGAAGAACUUCCUGGAGUUGACGGAGCUCAAGCACAUCCUGCGCCGCACCCAGCAGUUCUUCAAUGAGGUCAUCUCCACUGUACACAAACCGAUUCACUUCUUACUCACAGCGUUUCUGUGGCUGCCUUAUUGACUAGGCCCCUUGCAACUAAAUAGUGUAUCAUAAGAUUAUGUUAACUUAGUAUGGAUCAGAAGUCUGCUAACAUUUGCUUUGUGCUUUUUGAAACACGCGUCCUAUGUACUUUAUAUGGUAGCCUAAGGCCUGUGUAUUUGUAACGGUUAGGUUAUUACUUGCCCAACCCCAGACCAGUUAUUCAAGUUUAAUGAUGCAACUAGGUUACAUAGCUGAGUAAUACGCCAUACACAGAUAGUCAUUCUCAUAUGACGGAGACAAGACUACCUACUGUCUGUACCUUUUGACCUGCUUCAAAUCCACUCGACUGAGUUUGCAAGCAAAGCUACUUGAACUUAGAAUGUUAUCACCUCUUUUACAAGUGCUUAUGAGGUCGCAUGGGGGUGAAUCAUUCAGCCAAAUGUGUAGCCUUUUUUGCCAAUCAUUUACUGUUCAUAUAAACACCAACUAGCUGUUUACUAUGUUUUAUGAAGACCAUCUCACUAGCCUGGCGUGUUUUGUUCAAUAUAUCAUCCUGCCCAGAGCUCAAGCCACUGAACCGUCAAACCUUCCCAGGUUGUAAAUAGUUCCCCCAACAACAAAGCUAGGCAGUUGUUCCUGAAAACAGGGCUGCAUUUCUAAAUGUGUUAUCACACGUCUAAUUGCCUGAAAAUAUCUUGGUCAAAAUGUAAUGGUUGUCAUUCUCUCCACCCCGCUGCAGAUGGAGGAGCCCAACCUGCUGGAGGAGUCAUCUACCCUGAUGGAUCCUGCUGAAGCAGGGACCCGUGCUCCUCUCAGACUGGGGUGAGUCUGAGUCCUUGGUCCACUCUAUUAAGGAUGGAUUAGCCAUCUCCUCCAGACUUAAAGGUCAAUAAAAGGACCGCCAUUACAUUAAACCAUCUGUUCCUUCCUGGAGGUGGAGUCAGUGUAACACCUAACCAAUGGUUUCGCCCACACAAGCUCAGGCUGUCAGAUUAGUCGGCCAACUAAGGUCACUUGACGGAGUGUGUGUGGCGGUGCUGUGUCUUUGUGUGUACUUAGUCCCUAAGCUGACAGCCCACAUGCUCUGUCAGUAUCGGUGGCCAAUUGUUUCCUAAUUACUUUUAAUGGUUGGUAAGAAGCCAGUACUACUACUACAGGUGCUACCACUCUAGCUUGUUGCUUGACAGUACGAUGUAGCUCUCUGUUUAUCAGGGUUCUGUGGACAGAGAGUGUGAGCAGAUGGACAUAAAUGGUGAUGAUAAGCAGUUUACAGAGCAUGCAAACACCAGCAACACAAAAUGGAUACAUGGACACAAAUACAGUCUAGAAGGGGGACUUCAAAGGUUGUAAUCUAUUUGCAGACAGAGACGAAGAAAAUAUGUGAUUAAAUGUCAUUAUAAAGACACAGCAAAAGAAGUAAGCAAAUCGGGGAAAAAUUCACAAUAUCAGAAAACCGUAACUAAAAUAGCUUAAUAUUGUGGUUGGGUGGCAGAGCUUGGAACUCAUUUGGUAAUGGAUUGCUAUGUACGGAUGGGGCCCUAGGGCUUCCCAUCUGAAGUCUGUCUAUGUUUGAUGCGCCUCCUUUGCCCCUAUGCCCUCAGCUCCCAUUCCUAUGUCCCCCACUAUUCAGAGAGGAUGUUUUCAUCAGCAGUGCUCCCAUCACCAGUGUGAACAAACAAAAUCAAUGUGCCCGGGGUACAUUCUGUCAGGCCGUUGCCAUAAGCACUGAUCUUGGAUCAGCUCCAAGUUGAGCUGCCAUUUAGGGACCGAACUCAUUGCAAAUAUCAAACACCUUAUUUUGAAGUAAGGUUGAGAUGAGGGAUAUACAUUUCGUAGCAAAUCUACUGUAAAUGCUGAUCCAUGCCUUAUCGUCCUCCUGUAGGUUUGUUGCCGGGGUGAUCGGCAGGGAGCGCAUCCCUACGUUUGAGAGGAUGCUGUGGAGGGUUUGCCGUGGUAACGUGUUCCUGAGGCAGGCAGACAUUGAAGACUCACUGGAGGACCCUGCCACGGUCAGUAACUAUUCACUGAUACUAGUAUAAUAAAUUGGAGGGCUUAGGGGAACAAAAACUAUGCAGGAUUUUGUGACGUAUUCUGUGGUGUACUGUUGUACCAUGACUGCUUGGUGUCAUUGCGUGAUUGUCAUAUGAGUGGCAUUGAUGUCCUUAUUCAUGCUUCCUCAUCCAUACCCUUUAUGAUAGAGCAGAAGUAUCACUAUCAGGCAAUAUUUUGUCUCCUCUUCACUUAACUCAUGUUGAUGUUUCCUCUACAGGGUGACCAGGUCUAUAAGUCUGUGUUCAUCAUAUUCUUCCAAGGAGAUCAGCUGAAGACUCGGGUCAGGAAGAUAUGUGAAGGGUAAGGGGCAGUGAUUGGUUGACAAAUUCAAGGAACACUAACCAAUCUAGACAGAGGAAUGUUGGAAUUGGUUUUGUUAAGACAUUCUCCUUAAUUGAUCAACCCCUCUCUCCUUCACCCCUCAGGUUCCGAGCGUCACUGUACCCAUGUCCAGAGACCCCCCAGGAGAGGAAGGAGAUGGCUGCAGGGGUGGCCACCCGUAUCGAUGACCUGCAGAUGGUACGACCUGCCUGGCCUGUUGUAACACAGGGAGUCCACCCACACAGUCAGCCAGACAAAACUAACAGAUAUUUACAUUAUAUAAUGGCUUGUUACAUUCAUUAAAUCUAACAGAUCCUUACAGUUUUCCUGAGAAAUCACCCUGUUUUCAUAUGGGUUAGUCUUUCAAUAUCUCUUUCAUAUCUGUUUUCAUUGUGAACUUGAUCUGGGCUCUAUCAUGGCUUCUGAUCAGUGUUCUGUUUUCUCUGUAACUGUAUACUCAGCUGCCGGAGGCUGUGGUGGUGGGGAGGGGAGUGGUAUGUGACCGCAUGUGGCUAAUUCAAAGGCGGUUUUAGUCUACCAUUCUGAAGGUAGAACAGUGACCUUUUUUCUAUUGUUGAACAUGAGAUUAGUCUCACCUUUUGACCUGCUUUUUGGAUGGAUCUUUAUUUACCUUUUUUCUGCUAAAGUUAGACGUUUGCAUAGUCAGGUUUCUUGCUCUGCGUUUUGCUGAUGCAAUCUCCACGGAAAUUUCAGUUCCACUUUCUACCACUGCUAUUUCCUCUGUACUAAGCCCUCAGCCAAAUUAUGAUGAAGUGGACGGAAAGACUGACACUAGAUUAGUUCACCCAGCAGUGUUUGCCGUAAUAGAUCGUUUAUUACACAAGACCACAGAGGAGAUGAGAUGUUUGCUGAUCACAUUAGGGAGGCCUUCAAAUUGAGUGAACUUCUGUUUGUGUCUGCAGUGCUCAUAUCAUCUCAAACGUUCUGGCUUCAGAGUGUCUGUCUCACUUCAUCUCUUUGGCGGUAGUGGGCGUCAGCAUGAAUGGGCUGGGUGGAGCUGGGUGUGAAAAGCUACAAGGAGCGGUCAGAAACGGUUGUCAUCUGUGCCGUGCCAGGCCCAUGAGGUGGCUGAAAUGGAUCUGCCCCUGCCAGUUUGUGCCAGGCGCUGGUGAUGGAGGCACCGGUGUGAUGUUAGUGGAUAAACUCUCCCGCCCACACACACUGGCCUGGCUUUGGGAGAGCACCUCUAAACCUGGCACAGUGACUCACCGCUCUAAAACGGUGGCAAAAACAGGCACGGGACUGGGAGUGAAGGCCAAUCCCAAAACAAACACACACACACACACACACACACACAGAGCACCUCUUUGGUAUUAUAAUCCAGUGUGUAACACCCUGUCUCUUUGUGCCAACCGUGUCUGGUGACCCAGGAACAAUGCCUGUCUCAGUGUUUUCUGGCUUUUGCAGCUGUUGAGCAACAUGUGAGCUGUGAUCUUUAGAAGUCCAGUCCUCACAGACAGAACUGUAGUUUAGCCUACCAUGGAACAGCAGCACUGUAUGGAGCAACACCAUCCCUAUACUAAGAGAAACCCUAUACUCCCUCUGGGAAUACCCACUUCUGUUAUUGUGUUGUACUGUUCUGCUCCAAAGCCCUACGUAGUCUGGUGGUGUAGACUGUUUACACUUGGAUGGAUAAGAGGCAUCCUUUCCUUGUUUGGCUCGGAGGAACCCUCACUCAUUCGCCUCACCAUAUAGGAAACCAGUUGAUCAUCAGGGUGGUUUACACAGAGUUCAGCUGAUUAGCCACCCACUCUCUCACCCACUCCACCCACACUCACAUAAUGACCACAUUUACUACUCACAUUCUCGGCUUAGCUUGAAGUUUUAAAAAAUGAGUCACUCAACAUGCCACUUUUCUAUGGUAGACAGACAGUCAGUGGUGUGUGUGUGUUUAGGAUCUCUGUGGCUCAGGAUCAGUCACAGCCCCCAGUCUGGACAUUAUGUUUGGCAGGCCUCCUGUCUGCCAGAAAUGUUAACAUCCUCGCAUUGCCAGUAAGUGCCUGGGACUGCUUGCCUCGCUGUUUGAGGGGCCACUGUUAUGCCUGUCGCUACGGGGGCGGGAUUGUUGUCGACAAGAGAGAAGGGUGAGGGUGGAGGGGUAAUGCCCGGCCCGCUAGUUUGGGAGUGAACAGAGUGUGUGGGCGUGAGAGGGUCUCGACAACGUGGGCAAGAGUGUGUGUGGGUGUAGGGUAGCGGCAUGUUAGCAAUCCGUUGAUCAUAAGACAACUUGAUAUGAGUCAGUGCUGCAUACCUGAGAACGCCUCCGCCGGCUCUUACGGGAAACCCUGCUAUCCUGGGUCAGAUAUAACCCCUUAUCAAACUUGAUCACACAGUGCACACUGCCCAGCAAAGCCUUCUAUUAAUAUGAACCAUCUCCACAAAUAAGAAGGAAAACAUGAUUCAUUGCAACAGCAUUUACAGUUCAAUGCCACUCCCCACACAGUUAUAGUGUUGAGUGGAAACUGCCAGAGGAUUGUCCUGAUGCCACAGUUUCUGGUCCUGGCCUACAUUUAGGCCUGUAUGUGUUAGUUUUCCAAUUGAGGUCGAUUUAAGUUAGACAUCACUUUAAAUGCUCAGAGUGCGAAUGUGUCAAUUGAGAACUGCCUGCAAACUUUGUCAGAAAGUCACAUGAACAGUCGGUAGACUGUCUAGGACAGAGCACCUUGCACCUUAGCUAGUUGCACAGUGGGAUAUAUUCUGUACCCAGCCACACAAGGUUUCAACUACAGUAGCAUCCUAGUCAUAUCUCGUCUUCAUCGAUUACCUCAGCUCGAACCCUAAUCUCCCUCCCAUCUCCAGGUGCUGAACCAGACGGAGGACCACAGACAGCGGGUGCUGCAGGCUGCAGCCAAGACCGUCAGGGUGUGGUUCAUCAAGGUGAGGAAGAUGAAGGCCAUCUACCACACCCUGAACCUGUGCAACAUCGAUGUCACCCAGAAGUGUCUGAUCGCCGAGGUGUGGUGCCCCGUAUCAGACAUGGACUCAAUCCAGUUCGCCCUGCGCAGAGGCACGGUGAGUUGAGUGGACACCUGUCUAGACUAGAGGCAUGGAGGUACAUGAAAUCCUACGUGAAGUUUUAAGUUGCAUCCCAAAUGGUGCCCUAUUACCUUUAGAGUCCAUAGGGUUCUGGUCAAAAAUAGUGGGAAUGGGUGCCAUUUGGGAUGCAUCCUUAGGGACUAUACAUUCCAUAUCUAUUUAAUGGGAACAUUUCUAUGAGACUGUUUAGGUCAAGUUCAUUGAUAGAAACACAGUAGCAUUAAGAACCAGUGAGCCUCGUAGUCACCUCUUAACCCAGCUGUGAGGUCAUUAUGCCUAGACUCUGCUAGGGCGUUAAGACGUAACAGAUCCAGACUGAGAGACAGUGCUAACAGGGCGAGGAGAGGCACUGCGUGAGUGCUGGAUAUGUGAGGAUUUUACACCUAUUAGGAGGCCAGAUUCCAGCGGUAUCAGGAUGUCAUGCUGUGGUACACCAGGGAGGUCGGGCAUUAGAGGGGUGGUUGGAAUGGAGCGGAUUCAAACAAUUAUGAGGGGCUUGGAAGGAAUGAAUGUCUUCCCUUUUUUACCUUGGUCUGUUUGCCACUCUCUCCCUCAGAGGGAGGCUUGCACAGACAUAGGAAGUAGGAACACACACAAACAGACAUAGGCACACACACUCCUGGUCCUGUCCUGUCAUCCUGUCCUGUCGUCCUGUCCUGUUCUGUCGUCCUGUUCUGUCGUCCUGUUCUGUCGUCCUGUCCUGUCCUGUCGACCUGUCCUGUCCUGUUCAUGCCAGUAAGGGCUUAACCCUGUCACGCACAGCAUUCACUCUCCAUGCUGCAUUUAUCCCACCAGGCUAUUUUUACCCCACACGUCUUGUUGAGAAACACAAGGACAUACUGCCCUUAAAACACACAACGAUUCUGCUUCUAUCUCAGCCAUCAAAGCAUCCCUUGGACAAGCUGUUGUCCUUCACUCACAGCAGGUGUGGGAGAUCAGAUGAUACAUGUAGUGUGAUAGAUUCAUCGCCAAACCAGCUGUGGAAAUGCAUCUGUCAUAUUAAUCUGAUUUAUUGAAGAUGUUGCAGAUCUGUGUGAGUGAUGGAGGUAUGGAAGGUCCCAGUGCCCAGUCUACAGACUAAUGGGGAAAGCAGGAGGAUUCCUCUCAUUCCUGAGUGCUGAGGAGAUUCCAGGCCAUCUGACAGUCGGACUCCGGCUGGAACAACGCAAUAUCCCUUUAUUAGACAUGUUCAUGGGAGAUUGAGCUAGCUGGGCAACUCCUGCUGUUCUCAAUGCCUUGUAGGGCUGAACUUUUACAGGGAGUCGAGGUAAACUGAGUGGUGGUGUUGUGGUCCUCCUGACCAUUCUCUGACCGUUUUUCUGUCUUGGUCUCCAGGAGAAGAGCGGUUCCACCGUCCCCUCCAUCCUCAACAGGAUGCAGACCAAGCAGACCCCGCCCACCUUCAACAAGACCAACAAGUUCACCUCGGGCUUCCAGAACAUCGUAGACGCCUACGGUAUCGGCAACUACCGUGAGAUUAACCCAGGUAACCAUGUCUGACACAAUCAACCUCCUCUCGCUCCAUCCUUCAUUCCCCUUUUAUAAUUUAACUGCCUAUUGUUCAGAUAAAAGGUAUUGUUUCAUGUACCUCACUAGGCAGCAGACUUUAUUUUCUAGGGAUCUCAUAACUCACAUAAUGUAUCCAGCUGGCUAGAUCACUGCGCCAAAGCAGGUGAUAAAUGUUCACCCCCGGUGCCAAGUCUAUUUCCCCCAUUAUCACCCCAUCACUGUUGAUCAUGCUGUAUUGUGUAUCAUUGGUACGUGUGUCAGUGUGAGCUUGGGUUGGUUCAGUCUCCCAUUCCUCCAUGUGUAUGCUCAUGAGUCCCUCCCUCCCUGUCCCCAGCCCCAUAUACCAUCAUCACCUUCCCCUUCCUAUUCGCUGUCAUGUUUGGGGACCUGGGCCAUGGGGUGCUCAUGACCUGCGCUGCCCUCUACCUGGUCCUGAGAGAGAGCCGCCUGGUCGCCCAGAAGAACGACAACGAGGUAUGGCCGUCACUACCCCUGCCAUCAACCCACCAGCUUCAUCCCUCACCCCCUAUCCAGCCUCUAGCGCCAUUACUGGUGACUAAAUGGGCUUGGUUACCUCUCCGCUUUAGACAGAUUAUCUCUACUAUGGCCCUAACACUGUAGUGGCAUCAUGAUGGCCAGUUUGUUUCAAGUUGAUGCUUUUGGAGUGUGAAUAAAUAACCAAAUCCUCUUUAUGGCUAAAACAAAAUGUAACUGAGACCAGAAACAUUUGUAUUUUUGUCCUGAGAUUCUAACAGUGUAACGUAUCAAAUCAAAUUUUAUUUGCCACAUGCGCCAAAUACAACAGGUGUAGACAUUACCGUGAAAUGCUUACUUACAGCCCUUAAUCAACAAUGCAUUUAUUUCUUAAUAAAAAAGUAAAAUAAAACAACAACAAAAAAGUGUUGAGAAAAAAAGAGCAGAAGUAAAAUAAAAUAACAGUAGGGAGGCUAUAUACAGGGGGGUACUGGUGCAGAGUCAAUGUGCGGGGGCACCGGGUAGUUGAGGUAAUAUGUAAAUGUGGGUAGAGUUAAAGUGACUAUGCAUAAAUAAUUAACAGAGUAGCAGCAGCGUAAAAAGAUGGUGUGGUGGUGCAAAUAGUCCGGGUAGCCAUGAUUAGCUGUUCAGGAGUCUUGUGGUUUGGGGGUAGAAGCUGUUGAGAAGCCUUUUGGACCUAGACUUGGCGCUCCGGUACCGCUUGCCGUGCAGUAGCAGAGAGAACAGUCUAUGACUAGGGUGGCUGGAGUCUUUGACAAUUUUGAGGGCCUUCCUCUGACACCGCCUGGUAUAGAGGUCCUGGAUGGCAGGAAGCUUGGCCCCAGUGAUGUACUGGCACGUACGCACUACCCUCUGUAGUGCCUUGCGGCCGGAGGCCGAGCAGUUGCCAUACCAGGCGGUGAUGCAACCAGUCAGGAUGCUCUCGAUGGUGCAGCUGUAUAACUUUUUGAGGAUCUGUGGACCCAUGCCAAAUCUUUUCAGUCUCCUGUGGAGGGGAAUAGGCUUUGUCGUGCCCUCUUCACGACUGUCUUGGUGUGUUUGGACCAUGAUAGUUCGUUGGUGAAGUGGACACCAAGGAACUUGAAGCUGUUCCACUACAGCCCCGUCGAUGAGAAUGGGGGUGUGCUCAGUCCUCUUUUUUUUUCCUGUAGUCCACAAUCAUCUCCUUUGUCUUGGUCACAUUGAGGGAGAGGUUGUUAUCCUGGCACCACACGGCCAGGUCUCUGACCUCCUCCCUAUAGGCUGUCUCAUCGUUGUCGUCGGCAAACUUAAUGAUGGUGUUGGAGUUGUGCCUGGCCAUGCAGUCAUGGGUGAACAGGGAGUACAGGAGGGGACUGAGCACGCACCCCUGAGGGGCCCCCGUGUUGAGGAUCAGCGUGGCAGAUGUGUUGUUACCUACCCUUACCACCUGGGGGCGGCCCGUCAGGAAGUCCAGUAUCCAGUUGCAGAGGGAGGUGUUUAGUCCCAGGAUCCUUAGCUUAGUGAUGAGCUUUGAGGGCACUAUGGUGUUGAACGCUGAGCUUCCGGUCUGUGUGUGGAUGUUCAACAUGAGUGCAACAUACAGAUAGAAAUAUGCUAUGUAGAACAAACAUGCCUCUCUGACAUGUAGAAUAAGGAAUCACGUCGGCUCUAUUUGUGGAUUUUCUGUCUGCAACGUUCUACAAUGUUCGUGUCACUUCCUGUCUGCGGGUGUAGAUAUUCAACAUGGUGUUAGAAUCAAACAUUGUAAUGUGUCACUUCCUGUCUGUGUGUAGAUGUUCAGCAUGGUGUUUGCUGGGCGCUACAUCAUCCUACUGAUGGGCAUCUUCUCGAUCUACACCGGCAUCAUCUACAAUGACUGCUUCUCCAAGUCCCUCAACCUGUUUGGCUCUGGCUGGAGCGUCAGGCCCAUGUUCGACCCCCGCGCUAACAACCUCACCUGGUCGUAAGUAUCCCUCUCUGCCUGGCUCAUACUGUCUGUGGAUUGGAUUAGUUUACCUACUGUACCUUGUUGGCAGUGGCCUCUGUAAAGUGAUGAUUCAUGCCAUGUUUGACGUUCUCAGGUUUCAGACACUUGAUGAAAACAAGGUUUUACAGUUGGACCCCGCAGUAAGAGGAGUCUUCAAUGGACCUUACCCCAUUGGCAUUGAUCCAGUGAGUACUCAGAUAGUCCCUGUGAAAACAAUAAAGAUGGAUAGUGAGCUAAAAAAAGUGUUAUUUUGAUCAAUGUAAUGGGUUACAUUUUAUCAUUAUUCUGAUUUCAUUGUUUUAACUAUGUUUGACUGUGUUCUUCAGAUCUGGAACAUCGCCACCAACAAGCUGACCUUCCUCAACUCCUUCAAGAUGAAGAUGUCAGUGAUCCUGGGUGUCAUCCACAUGCUUUUUGGAGUGUCUCUCAGUCUCUUCAACCACGUGUGAGUCACGCUUAACCUAUGUUGUUUCACCUCAUUUAAGUUAAAGCUACAGUCCUUGCAUAUAGAGCACUGUCUAUGCAUUUCAAAGGGUUUACAUUUCCCCAGCCUUAUCCCUCUGCUGUCUACCAAAACAAGUGGUGGGGCUCUUUAAAAAAAAAAAAAAAAGUUUUAUCCCACACUGUAACUUUAAGGAACCCUGACAGUUUAUUUCCUGUCUUGUUCUUUUCUGAAGGUAUUUCAAGAAACCCCUGAACAUCUACCUGGGCUUCAUCCCUGAGAUUGUGUUCAUGGCCAGUCUGUUUGGGUACCUGGUCAUCCUGGUCUUCUAUAAGUGGGUGGCCUACGACGCUCGCACCUCCAGAAAUGCUCCCAGUCUUCUCAUCGCCUUCAUCAACAUGUUCCUGUUCAACUAUAAAGACCCCACCAACCAACCCCUCUACAGAGGACAGGUGAUCAUUACAUCCAUCCAUUCUUUCAUCUGUCCAUUUAUUGAGCAAGCCAUUUUAUGGUGGGAUUAUGUGUGAAGCCCCAUACCCAUCUAACAUCCCUCUUUCUCAUGUCCUUCCCCUCUAUAGAGGGUUAUUCAGACGUUGCUGGUGUUGAUAGCCCUGGCGUGUGUUCCCUGUAUGUUGAUAGUGAAAACCCUGGUUAUGCGGCGACAGCACCUCUGGCAGAAGAACUUGGUACUGUAAUAACAUCUGCCCUCCUACACAGAUUUUGUUCCAUUGGGAUCUAGAGUGUAGAGUUUGUGACCCCCAACAAUAACCCCUGUCCUCCUCUUGUCUGUUCCUCCAGGGCACCCAGAACUUUGGGGGGAUUCGGGUGGGGAACGGCCCCACGGAGGACGAGGCUGAGAUCAUCCAGCAUGACCAGCUCUCCCAGCACUCAGAGAAUGACGAGCAUGAGGUGAGAAACCAGGAUACCCCCACCCUCCACUCUAUUGGCCUAGCAUAUACUAUAUACGUGACCAGAGUAGUCUAUUAUAAUGUUGGCCCAAGACUUAAUAUCGGAAUCCAUUGGACACUGCUGUAGGCAAUAUGAUCCAGACCUAGCCCAGAUGGAAUAACCUUGAAUAAUGAAGUCAUCAGCCACAUAUAGAAACCCAACCCAUGGACUUUACGUUACCAGAGCUCUCAUAUUCCCUGCUUCACUAACAACAGCAUAGAAUACGUAUUCAUUAUAGAAGUGGGAUCUGGUAGGAGCAAAUGAAACUGACCACAAAGCUAAUCCAGCAGCUCUUAUUACUCAACAUGUGCAUUAUUGUAAUGCCUGAAAAGCAACUUUAAAAAUGUAGUUGAGAUUUCAGAGUAGUUUUAGAGUUGAUUCAGUGUGACUGUUUACUGUCUGUGGGAUUGUUCGGUGUUCUCUCCCUCACCUUUUCAGUAGUUUCUGAUAAACGUGAAACAAUACAACAGGCUCCUGUGAACCUCAAACCAGACAAGCCGUCAGUUUGUUGUGGUUUCUGUAGCUCUCAUAACAAGCCAACAGGAAGCAGUGAUUGAGGUUUACAGAUGGAGCUUGCUCUUUUAUGGUUCCGGACACCCAGGACCUUUUGUUGAUUUAUAGAGCAGCUUUCAAAGCACUUCACACCGAUUCCUCUCCUAUAAUUUUUGACCUUUGAAGUGGAGAGGAAUUUAAUUUGAUUGGAGAUUACUUUAUUUAGCAAUGUUAGACUCCACAGUCCAUGUCACUAUAAACUCUAUGGCCUUGGACUAGAAGAGAUCUCUACAUGAUUCAGUGGACAUGGCUGUGCUGAAACAAAUCUUUUAAUUCUAGUAUGUUGUAUUCAUUUCCAAGAUGCUUUAGAGCCGUGUGAUAUCGCAUGUUGAUAAUGCGAGCUCUGGCUCAUUAACAAAAGGCAUUCAGUGAAUGGAUUGGAGUGGUUGCAUGUAUCACCAUGCAAUCCGCUUCAAGCCAUUUAUUAAUUGCAUAGUGUGUUUCCAGUUCACUGACCAAACUGUGCGUGUAUGUUAUGUGUGUUUGGAGUUGUGCAGCUCCUCCCUCUGGCCAGCAGGUGUUCAGGCAGGCAGGGUGCUAAGUAACUAACACAGUAAAUAUAGCAUUUCUGUUUUAACAUGGGGCAACUCAUUUUAACAGGCCACCUUUACAGAAUUCCUGCGUAUAAACUACUCCGGUCAUCUGGUCAAGUAUCCAAAUUAUGCUUACCAUGUUAAUCCUCAACGACAACUUAAUUCAUUAAUUUGUGUUAAAUGGGGAAAUACCAUCUUCUUUGGUCUUAGAUAUGGUAAAUAGCUAUACUACCGUUAACUAGGUUUAAGCUUUAGUUAGCUUUGCCCGAACCAGCCCCCCUGAAUGGCUGAGCAGGGUAUAACCCAAACAGGCCAGUCCCACCUGCUGUCACUGUCAGAAGUGGGUCACCAACCCCAUUGGUCACUACAUUCCCCAUCACUGUCUCCCCCUAGCAACCACAGACACAAACACAACAACAAUAUGCCAAAGACCAAAGGCCUAUAGGAGAUAUAUCUGGAAAUGUCACAGUAGAAUGUUGUCACGAAAUACUAAGCAUGCACAAAUGCAUGAUUUUGGAGGAAUGGCUAUGCAUCACCUAGAUACCAGUGCCAUAAUGUUUUUAUGCAGCCCCUUAAGAAACUUUGUCAGUAGUUUCGAUCCAGUGCCUGUGACGACUGCAACACCUAACCACCUUCUGUAUAUUAUACACGUCCAUUUCCUGUGUUCAAUGUUGUUUUCUCCUGUUUCUCUCAUCACUGUGUUCUGUUGUGUGUCCUGUCACAUGUCACUAACUAAAACCUAACCUGUUGUCAAUUGUUUUCAAGGCCCCCGAGGAGGAAGUGGUAAGCCAGCACUCAUCCCCCCUCCCCUCACCCCAAGUGCAUGUCUUGCUAGUCUGUCUCUGUCUCUGAGGCUCUGCUUGUGUGUGUGUUCUGUCCCCUGAGGCUGUUGACUCUGGUGUCUGUGUGUUUUUGCUGUCUCUGGGUGUUCAAGGGAUUCUUCUAUCACACAGCAGGAAACUGGGCCACACUCUUAGACUAGUAGUGCUCACUGUCUACCCCGAUCCUAAUUUGUCUGGUUCAUGGGGCGUAAUGAAGGAGCUUCUUGGGAAACUUCUGCUACAGAGAUCUGACUAGUGGGUCAGGCUGGUGUUUCUGGAGCUGUUUUAAUCUAGUGAAUGUCUUCCUCAAUGUGGUACCGUUUAGCCAUGAACUUAACUGUAGAUGGAGGACCUCAUUUGGACCGGAGUCUCCCGGUCCCUGUACUGUUGUGUCCCUGUCACCUAGGGGUUCAUACCGGUGUGUGUUCUCUCUCCGUCCUCCAGUUUAACUUUGGGGACGUUGCUGUGCACCAGGCCAUCCACACCAUCGAGUAUUGUCUGGGCUGCAUCUCCAACACCGCUUCCUACCUACGCCUAUGGGCUCUCAGCCUGGCACACGCACGUGAGUCACACACACACAGUACAUAGCAAGUACAUAAACCUCUCUCUCACGCUCUCCUCUCUCUCUUGCGCGCUCUCUCUGAGACAUACUGUCUUCACCCUUUUUGGUUUCUCUUUGAAAUGUUCCAAUAAAACAUCUGUUUUCCUUCUUCCUCUGUGUGAUCCCACAGAGCUGUCAGAGGUGCUGUGGACCAUGGUGAUGCACAUUGGCCUGUCCUCCAGGAGCUUUGGGGGUUUCGUUGCCCUGUCCAUCAUCUUCGGGGCCUUCGCCGUCCUCACUGUCUGCAUCCUGCUCAUCAUGGAGGGCCUGUCUGCCUUCCUGCACGCACUGCGUCUGCAUUGGUGAGAGACACACUGCUCUCUCUUGCACAUAGACAACAUAACAUGUUUGUUCAGUCUGUACUGUGAGUCACUCAUAUAUGCUCCCAUGUUAUCAGUUAACACUGAUGAGUAUGUAUGAAUAGAAUCCUUGCUGCAUUGCUCCGUGUCUGUAUUAAGGAUGUGUUGAAAUCCUCGACGACCUGUUGGCUCCGACUCAAACUAAGGUUUCUAGAACCUUCUCUGCACUUAACAGCCACUGUAAGCUGUGGAGGGCUCCAUCUUCUGCUAGUCUGGAUUCCUCAUUGACUUGGGUAAAGGAAGGAGCAUGUCUUCAAGAGUUUCCUCUGUCAGGGGGCAUGGUGGAGUGACACAGCCCUGUAGCGCCCCCUGCUGGUAUCUAUGGUAACAGCUGUUUUAGCUCUGUAGUUCCUUGGGGCCUCGUCUGAGUGUGUGUGUGUGUGUGUGUGUGUAUGGAGAACAGAGCGUGUGUCUCCAUCCCACUGGUAUUAAACAGACUGGUGCUAAUGGGAGCUGUGGUUUUCCAGCUCCCACCACCAGCUCUCUUUCCUGGCCAUGAACCUGGAAUCUCUCUGCAUCCCAUAGAGCAAUGGAGCAUUGACUACUGUGUGUGAGAUGCUGGCUGGCCAUCAUGGAGGAAACUUCUGUUGUCCCAUCAUUAGGGGACAGGCUCCCUAUCUGGCGUCUCAGAACAGCCCGGUUGAACUGGAACUGAUCAUCCACUGGCACCCUCACAAAGCACAGCACUGAGUCAGUGACAUAGACUAAUCACUGUAUUUACCCAGCACAUAGGAAUUCUAAUGCUCCACUCUCACCUAAAGGCCCUUAGGGAAGGACAAAUAGGAAAUGAGGCCUUCUGAAUCUGAGCUUUUUUUUUUUUCAGUGUUUAAUGUAUUUUUCUUAGCGGUUGCUAACUAACACAGUUGUAAAUGUGAUUGUGAACUGCCAAAGUAAUGUCAGACAUCUGUCAAAUUUAUAGCAAUAGUAAAUGUUGAUCUAGCUGAGGCUGUGGCCAACAUGCAUACAUACUCACUCCUAUUCCGAAACCAUCAUUUGAUCCAGCCAGAGAGAUUCCUCCAGUAGCUGAGAGAGGAGUCACCCCUUAAACACUUCUUGUUCUAUUUUAGAUGCUGACAUUUUAACUUCAAACAAAAACUGCCUCUGUACUCCAGCACUUUGGAUUUGAAAUGAUACAAUGACUGAGGUUAAAGUGCAAUAUGUCAGCUUUAAUUUAAGGGUAUUUUCAUCCAUCUCGGGUGAACCGUUUGAGAAAUUACAGCACUUUUUGUACAUAGUCCCCCCAUUUUAGGGGACAAAUUCACUUGUAUUAAAGUAGUCAAAAGUUUAUUUGGUCCCAUAUUCCUACAAACUUGUUGGAUGCAUUUGCUGUUUUUUUUGGUUGCAGAUUAUUUUGUGCCCAAUAGAAAUGAAUAGUAAAUAAUGUACAGUGGGGAAAAAAAGUAUUUAGUCAGCCACCAAUUGUGCAAGUUCUCCCACUUAAAAAGAUGAGAGAGGCCUGUAAUUUUCAUCAUAGGUACACAUCAACUAUGACAGACAAAAUGAGAAAAAAAAAAUUUCUCCAGAAAAUCACAUUGUAGGAUUUUUUAUGAAUUUAUUUGCAAAUUAUGGUGGAAAAUAAGUAUUUGGUCAAUAACAAAAGUUUCUCAAUACUUUGUUAUAUACCCUUUGUUGACAAUGACACAGGUCAAACGUACAAUGUGAUUUUCUGGAUUGUCUGUCAUAGUUGACGUGUACCUAUGAUGAAAAUUACAGGCCUCUCAUCUUUUUAAGUGGGAGAACUUGCACAAUUGGUGGCUGACUAAAUACUUUUUUUUCCCACUGUAUUGUGCCAUUUUGGAGUCACUUUUAUUGUAAUUAAGAAUAGAAUGUUUCUAAACACUACAUUAAUACCAUGAUUAUGGAUAAUCCUGAAUUAAUCGUGAAUAAUGAUGAUCGAGAAAGUUACUCACAAAUAUCAUACCCUCAAGACAUGCUAACCUCUCACCAUUACAAUAACAGUGGAGGUUAGCAUUUUUGGGGCGGUAUCAUCUCAAGUCCAAAGUGCUGGAGUACAGAGCCAAAACAUUUGUCACUGUCCCAAUACUAUUGGAGCUCACUGUAAAUCAGUUUUCAGUCCAGGGAGCAAUUACGAUCUCAGAUUCAUAGAAACACCAAAGAAUAUCUCUUUUUCUUUGUUGCCAUAAAUGUUCUAAAGGAAAGUAGUGCUAGUUGACUAAGUUUGACCUUUUCCACUAAGCGUAUUCUAGUGAAAUAUUAUAGCGCCUACCCAGAUGAAAAUCUACCUCCUCCAGACGUAGGGAGGAAUGACAAGCAUGUCUGCUUCCUCAGUUGAAAGGUCAUCCAACUGGCUUUGGCUUGAUACAAUCAUUAAGGGUUACCAAUACUGCAGCCUCUGGCCUAACAUCGACACACCUCAAAGAAACUCCAGUUUAAAGGAACUCCUCAGACUAACUUCCAAAAUAUUUUUGUAUAACCGUUGAUGGUGCUAGACUAGUAUGUCUGUGUAGCAUUGAUCUUUGCAUUGAUUGAUUUACUUAUUGUAAUAAGCCUGACGUUAAAUGUUGCCUCUCUCUUGUUCUCUUCAGGGUGGAAUUCCAGAAUAAGUUCUAUGUAGGCCAGGGCUUCAAGUUCCUCCCGUUCACCUUUGAAAGCAUUCUGGAGGGAAGGUUUGAAGAC